AUGUUCCAUGAGGUGCUGCGGGGCACGAUACCACCCAGAGUCCUUCCUUUUCUGGCAGCUGUGCUUUUCCAAAGGAAGGAGAGGAAAGAGACUGGGUUUUACCACAGGCGGUGGGAGAAGCACCCUUACUACAACCUAACGGUAAAAGUUCUCCGAGCCAGAAACAUCAAGGGUACAGAUCUGUUGUCCAAGGCAGACUGCUAUGUGGAACUAAAGCUGCCCACUGCAUCUCCUACAGUCUUCCGAACUCAGGUUGUUGACAACUCCGAUAACCCAGAAUGGAAUGAAACUUUCCAGUAUCGAAUCCAUACUGCUGUCAAGAACAUUCUGGAAUUGACACUUUAUGAUAAGGAUGUCCUCGUCAGCGAUGAGCUUACAUCUAUUGUCUUUGAUGUAGCGGGCAUGAAGUUGGGUCAGCCCCUGCUGCGCACUUUCAAGCUGAAUCCUGAGGCUAAUGAAGAGCUGGAUGUAGAGUUUUACUUGGAGAAAUGCUUAGAUGCCCCUACAAAGGUACUGACCAAUGGAGUCCUCGUGGUUCAUCCGUGCUUGUCUCUGCAAGGCACUAUCAACAAAGAGGAACAGCAAGGGAGCUGUGAGGUCAAGGUGUCUGUUCCAGGGGCAUACCAGAAGCAGUUGUGUAUUCCACUGGGACCAGACAGCGAGGAUUAUGGAACCUCAUUUGUCUUUCAUGUGGAUAAAGAAAUUUGUCCAGAACUGCAAGUGGAGCUGGAGCAAACCGUAUCUGUCCUACAGGAUGGUAUGAAUGAUAUUGAAAAGCAUACUACAGUUCUGGGAUUGGGGACUGUACCAGUUAAUUCCCUUCCUAUUGGACAAAAAGUUGAUAGAAUCGUUUCUCUGGGAGAGGGACAAAGUUUGGAUAUGAGUUUUAAAGCUGAAGAAAGCACUUGGAAUCUUGACAUACGUCUGGGUUUUGAUCUCUGUAAAGAGGAGAGAGAAUUUUUGGACAAAAGGAAGAAAAUAGUUUCUGAAGCACUGAGGAAGGCUCUUCACUUAAAAGAAUUCCCUUCAAAAGAUGAGGUCCCAGUCGUAGCAGUGGUGGGGUCUGGAGGUGGCAUGAGAGCACUGACAUCAUUCUAUGGCAGUCUUGCUGGGCUCCAGCAGCUGGGCCUUUUGGAUGCUGCAAUAUAUCUAUGUGGGAUUUCUGGCUCUACUUGGUGUUUAUCGACACUGUAUCAAGACCCUGACUGGUCGCAGAAAGACCUUCAAGAUGCAAUCAGGAGAGCCCAGGCUACUGUGUCCAGCAGCAAAGCAGGGGCUUUCUCCCCAGAACGACUGAAAUACUAUUUCCAGGAGCUGAAUGCAAUGGAGAUUAGUGGACGGAAAGUUUCCUUUACAGAUUUGUGGGGCCUUAUUGUGGAAUAUUUCCUACAACAAAAGGAAGAUCCAUCGAAGCUCUCUGAUCAGCAAGAAGCAGUGAAAUGGGCCCAGAACCCCUAUCCUAUUUAUGCAGCUGUCAAUGUGAGACCCAAUAUUAGCAGUGGUGACUUUGCAGAAUGGUGUGAGUUCACUCCCUAUGAAGUUGGGUUUCGUAAAUACGGGGCUUUUGUCCGAACAGAAGACUUUGACAGUGAGUUCUUCAUGGGACGGCUCAUCCAGAAACAUCCAGAACCUAGGAUCUGUUUUCUACAAGGAAUGUGGGGCAGUGCCUUUGCUGCAAGCCUGGAUGAUAUCUGCCUGAAGGUGGUUGGUAUAGGACUGGGCUUUCUAGAUUCUUUCAAAGAUGUUAUCAAAGUUGUAGAUGACUGCCGAAGAUUCCAUUUCCGUGAUCCAACACGACUGAAGACUCGCUUGGUUAUACCUGGGGGUCCCUUGUUACAAAUCUUAGAGGAUUUCUUCAAGUCCCGGGUCACAUGUGGAGAAACCUUCAACUUCAUGCAGGGAUUGUAUCUUCAUAGGGAUUACGUUAACGUCAAGAAAUUUGUGGCUUGGAGAGGCACUCAUCUGGAUGCGUUCCCCAACCAGCUGACCCCCAUGGAAGAGAGCUUGUAUUUAGUGGAUGGUGGCUUUUCUAUCAACUCUCCCUUUCCUUUGGUACUUCAGCCAGAGAGGGAUGUGGAUGUUAUCUUGUCAUUCAAUUAUUCCUGGGAAGCUCCGUUUGAGGUUUUAGAAUUGACUCAGAAAUACUGUGAGGAGCGAGAAAUUCCUUUUCCAAGAAUCCAAUGGAGUGAGGAAGAUGAAAAGAAGCCAAAAGAGUGUUACGUGUUUGUGGAUGAUGAUAAUCCAAAGGCUCCAGUUGUGCUCCAUUUCCCACUGGUGAAUGACACCUUCCAGGAAUACAAAGCUCCAGGAGUUAAACGUGAGUCAGAAGAAGAGAAAUCCUUUGGUGACUUUGUUAUUGAGUCAAAAGAUUCUCCUUACCGUACACUAAAUUUCACCUUUGAGCCAUAUGAUUUCAACAGGUUGGUGGAAGUGAAUCGCUACAAUGUUCUGAACAGCAAGGACACUCUCUUCAAAGCCCUAAACUUGGCUCUGCAAAGGAGAAAGUUGAAGAAAGUCAUCAAUACAUCAAAUACAUGA